ACAUGCGCAAUGCACUGACCUUCCUUGUCUGGCCUCGUCCUGUAGCUAGACGAGGACCUUGAGUUUGUUGAGGAGUUUAUUACUACAUUCUUUAAUUUUGAUUAAUCUACUGGUGGCCGAACCAUGCCAGGUUCGGUGGAGAUUCCCACUUUGAAUGAAUUAAAUGUUGAGGAGGUCAGCGUGUCAUCCGCGGUGCUGAAGGCAGCUGCCCACCAUUAUGGCUCUCAGUGUGACAGGGCCAACAAGGAGUUCAUGCUCUGUCGCUGGGAGGAGAAGGACCCGAGGAAGUGUCUGAAUGAAGGGAAGAAAAUCAACGAGUGUGCCCUUAACUUCUUCAGGCAGAUAAAGGGGAGCUGCGCCGAAUCCUUCACAGAGUAUUGGACUUGCCUGGACUACUCAAACCUGGCGGAGCUGCGCCAGUGCCGCAAGCAGCAGCACGCCUUUGACAGCUGCGUGCUGGACAAGCUUGGUUGGGAGAGACCCGGCCUGGGAGACCUUUCCAAGGUGACGAAGGUGGACACUGAUAGACCAAUCCCUGAGAAUCCUUACCAUUCGAGACCCCGGCCGGAGCCAAACCCUGUCAUUGAGAGCAAGUUGCAACCCGCCAAGCACGGCAGCCGGCUCUUCUUCUGGAGCUGGUAAAGCGGUGUGCUAAUGAAGUUUCCCUAGGAUCAGCUUCCCCUCCCCCAAAACCUAACCUUAACUAUUACUGGGGAAAAUGUGAAACUGACCCCUGGUCAACAUCUAGGGACAACUUAUCCACAAUGCCUGCUGUCUCCUCCACCACAGACACCAUCAUCAGACCUCUUUGGAUGGAGGGGGACGUCUUUGGCUGUGUUUAUACAGGCUGAAAAAUCCAGAUCUUACGUUGUUCUUUUGACCGGUAGCGUCAGAUCUCUUCACUGAUUGGUCAAAAGGGCAAAAACAGAGAUCAGUAUUUAGCUGCCUGCGUACACACAGUCAAUGUGCGUUUUGAAUGUUCAGCCGUUCUCUUCUCUCUAUAUUGUUGAAACGUUAUUGGUUGAAUGAAAAGCAACGUGUGGUUUUGUUGUGAAAUAAAAACAAAAGAUUUAAUUUCAAAA